AUGGAAAUAAGGAAACUAGCAUCUUUUAUGGAUGAUCCUAAGGGUUUCAUAGACCAUUUUGGAAGUCUUUUAUCUGUUAUAUAUACUGAUGUUGAGGAUGGUCUUCUUUAUACUUUGGUUCAGUUUUAUGAUCCUGUUUAUCGGUGUUUCACUUUCCCCGAUUAUCAGUUGUUACCUAUCAUGGAGGAAUAUGCUUAUAUUUUGGGUAUGUCAGUGUCUGGUGGAGUUCCUUUUGAGUCUCGAGUUAUUGUUGAAGCCAUUCAUUUGAGGAAGUCUGAGAUAGAUGUCAAUCUCAUUGUCAAAGGAGGUAUCAGAGGGUUGACUUCAAAAUUUUGGAUUGAGAAAUCCUUUUCUUUUGCUAAUGUUGGUAUCGUGGUGGCCUUUGAAACUAUUUUCGCCUUACUCAAGUAUGGUUUGAUCUUGUUUCCCAACAUUGACAAUUUUGUUAGUGUUAAUGCUAUAUGGAUCCUCUUGAUUAGGAAUCUGGUUCCAACUUUGCUCUGUGACACUUAUUUCUCAAUUCAUCAUAGGACUUCUAAAGAGGGUGGAACUAUUGUAUGUUGUGCGCCUUUACUGUACAAGUGGUUUAUUUCGCACUUGUUGCAGUCUCCUAUUUUCAAAGAAAACAAGGGUUAUUUAAGGUGGUCUCAAAUACUUAUGUCUCUCAACAAUGAUGACAUAGCUUGGUAUUCUUCUAUUUACAACGAUGUUGAGAUUAUUGGUCAUUAUGGGGAAUUCUCUAAAGUGUCUUUUCUUGGUACACAAGGAAGAAUGAACUACAAUCCGGCUUUGGCGAGACGUCAGUUUGGGUUCGCUAUGAAAGACAAAACCUAA